ACCGCAAUAAUUAACCCAAAUUAAGUAAGGGAAAACGUAAACAAAAUCUAUUGAGGUACCAAACAGUUUGUAACGAACAGCAAAAAAUCAAAAGGGAAAAAAAAAAGAGACGAUAUUUAUUUACAACACAAUUUUUGAUAUAGGUCUUUAAAUUGAAUUGAUUUCGAUUUAUAAGUUCAUUAUAGCGUCUGUCCAUAAAGGAAUAGAAUCAUAUCAUCAUCAUUAACUUACUUAUACAAGAUGUCUACUACUGUUGAUGGAGUUCAAUUCAAUCAACCACAGAAAUAUGUUGGUUUUGAUACUAUCACUACUCAAAUUGAAAAUAGAUUAUUAAAAAGAGGAUUUCAAUUCAAUGUUAUGGUUGUGGGUAGAUCUGGUUUAGGUAAGAGUACUUUAGUCAAUACUUUAUUCUCAUCCAAAUUAACUGAAUCAAGUGGUCGUAGAUCACCAACUGAACCAACUGAAAAGACCACCACUAUUGAUAUUAGUUCUCAUACUUUAAUUGAAAAUAAUGUUAGAUUAAAUAUUAAUGUUAUUGAUACUCCUGGUUUUGGAGAUCAAAUUAAUAAUGAAAAAUGUUGGGAACCAUUAGUUAAAUAUAUUAAAGAACAACAUUCACAAUAUUUAAGAAAAGAAUUAACCGCUCAAAGAGAAAGAUAUAUUACUGAUUCAAGAGUUCAUUGUGUUUUAUAUUUCAUUGCUCCAACUGGUAAAAAAUUAAAUCAAUUAGAUGUAUUAGCAUUAAAGAAACUUUCUGAAAUUGCUAAUGUGGUUCCAGUUAUUGCCAAAUCAGAUUCUUUAACUCUUGAUGAAAGAGCUGAAUUUAAAAAGAUUUUACAAAAUGAAUUCAUUAAUUAUAAUUUUAAUAUUUAUCCUUAUGAUAGUGAAGAUUUAUAUGAUGAAGAAAGGCAAUUAAAUGAAGAUAUUAAAUCAUUAAUUCCAUUUGCAAUUGCUGGUUCUGAACAAGAAAUUGAAAUUAAUGGUGAAAAAGUUAGAGGUAGAAAAAGUAAAUGGGGAGCUAUUAAUAUUGAAGAUGUUAGUCAAUGUGAAUUUGUAUUUUUAAGAGAUUUCUUAACUAGAACUCAUUUACAAGAUUUAAUUGAAACUACUGCCAUUGUUCAUUAUGAAACCUUUAGAUCAAAACAAUUGAUUGCCUUGAAAGAAAAUGCUAAUCCAAAUAGACAAUCAGUUCCAAUUCAACCUCAACCUCCAACUGCUCAACCAUCUCAACAAGAUAUUAAAUCUCUGGCCUCAAAUGGAGCUAUAUUUCCUCCAACUAAUAGUCUUCUUUAGAUUUUAGAUGUAAGCCUGUUAUUUUUUGGGGUCAUGAUAUAUUUUCAAAGUUUUUAGUUCUACAUAUAUAUAUAUAUAUAUAUAUAUAUGUCAUCAUUAAUAGUAGUUUUAGUUACUUUUAGUGUUUCAAAGUUUUUCAAAUAUAAAGUUGUAUAAAUUUAUUUAUUAUGUAUAUACAUACGCGAGAUGAACGCGUUAGCUGUAGUUAAAAAAAAAUUCGAAAAUUUAAAUUUG